AUGAAUACAAAAAGUAUAGUAAGUUUUGGUGGUGCAAACAUAGUCACAACUUUGACAGAUAAAGCACAAGUGAUAGAGGAAUGGGUGGCAGAGAUUUUGCCACGUUACGUUGCCAACGGAAAAUCAACGGUAGUGGGGCUAGACAUAGAAUGGAAGCCUAAUGUAGUGUCAACAAUGAGCAACAAAACGGCGACGCUUCAGCUGUGCAUUGACAACAAAUGCCUUAUAGUCCAACUCUUUUAUUUGGACUAUCUGCCUCAGUCUCUCAGGGACUUUAUGGGCUGGCCCAGAUUUACUUUUGUUGGGGUUAAAGUAGAUGAAGAUGUAGCUAAGUUGAGGGAUGAGUAUGGGCUGAUUUGUGUUUGUAGCAAGGACAUCAUGGAUCAUGCUUUGGGCCUUUGGCCUAUGAGGUGGUUCAGUAGGCCAGGUCUGAAGGUUCUUGCUCGAGACAUUGCGGGCCUUUAUAUGGAUAAGCCCAUGCAUGUUUGUAGGAGUGAUUGGCAAGCUAGGGUGCUGACUAGGGAGCAAGUGGAGUAUGCUUGUAUUGAUGCUUAUGCUUCUUACAAGAUUGGCGUUAGGUUGUUUAUGGAGUGA